CUCCUUCGAGUGGUGCGACUAUCACUGGUGUUACAGCAUUAAACUCCACGUCGUUGAAAGUCACCUGGGAAGCUGUUCCAAGUACAAACGGACCUAUAACAGGAUACACUGUGUGUUACUCGUUAAACCCUCCCGUUAAUUGUUCAAAUAACAAUCAGAAAACCGUGGGUAAAGACACAUUAAAUACGACUAUAAUGGGACUGAAUGUAUUUACAAGGUAUUACGUAGCAGUGAAAGCUUCUACAGCAGCAGGUAAUGGAUCUCUCGGAGGCGAAGUGGAAGGGACCACGGGCCAAGCCG